AUGGACAGAAGGUGUUUCCAGGGAAGCCGACAUAGGCAUGGGGACAAGCUAGAAGUGGGUGGCCAAGAGGGUCCACAGGAGGGAGGAAAGUUGGGUGUGACACCAGGAUCUGUGUUGACCUGCAACAUGGGGCCCAGAGAAAGGAAAUGCCACAUCAGGGGGUCUGCUGUGAAGCUGAGGGGUAGACUACAGGCUAGAAAUGAAGAACUGUGGUACUCCAGGGAGUACCUCCUGGAGUUGGCAGGUCCUGGAGAUGUCAUGUGUAAACAUGUAGGGCUUCUCAGAUCUGUGACAGUUCAUUACAUAGCCAUUCUUUUUUUCCCCAUUCAGGCUUCCUGACAACCUGCAGGAAUUCCAGGGAUUGCACCAGCUGAAGAAGUAAGAGGUGGUAACCUUCCAGACAUUGUGAACAGUGGAAGUUUGCCUGAGUUCCUGGUUAAUUUGCAUGAAAGAUACAGGCCUGUGGCCUCUCUCUGGUUUAGGAGGCGUCUUGGUUUGGGCACCACUGAUGUACUCAAGCAGCACUGCAACCCCAAAGACUUAUAAGUUACUUUGGACUCAUUUGAAACCAUGUUGAAGUCAUUAUAGGUUCAAUCUGGUGGUGGGAGUGUGAGCAAAAACCAUAUGAGGAACAAACUCUAUGGAAAUUCCAUGAUGGCCACUUUGCAGAAUAACUUUUCUCUCCUGCUAAAGCUUUCCGAAGAGAUAUUAGAUAAAUGUCUGUCUACACAGAGAACCAGCUGUACCCCUGAGCCAGCAUGUGCUUGAUUUGCUUUGAAGUCUGUCGCACAAUUGGUACUGGGUAGUACAUUUGAAGAUGAACAGGAAAUCAUGCUCUUCCAAAAGAUUCAUGGCACAGUUUGGUCUGAGAUUAGAAAAGGCUUUUUAGAUGGGUCACUUGAUAAAAAUGCCACUAGAAGAAAACAGUAUCAAGACGUCCUCAUGCAGUUGGAAUCUAUUUUGAAGAAAGUUAUACAGGAACAAAAAGGAAGGAACUUUAGUCCACCUAUCUUCACUGACUCUUUAAUACAAGGAAACCUUAAUGAGCCGCAGAUGAUCAAAAUCCUAGAAGACAGUAUGAUAUUUUCUCUGGCUGAUGGCAUAAUAACUGCAAAGUUUUUAAUUGAUGAUGAAGUCAAGCAGGACAUAUGGACCCUCAUUCUUUAUGCCCUUGGUGUGGUUCUUCAGGACCCCAGCAUUUGGCCGUCACCACACAAGUUUAAUACAGGUUGUUUUGCUGACUAAUCAGUGAUGAAAGUGUUUUCUUCCCUUGGUUUUUCAGGCACAUGGGAAUACCCGGAGCUCAGAUUUACAUACACAGUGGCCACUGUGCUCAUGAACGUGUUGGUGAGGAGGCUGCUUGCUCUCCUUGCUGUGGAAGGACACAUUUUUGAGAUGAAGUAUGAACUGGUCACAUAAUCGAGGGAAGAAGCGUGGGCUACUGUCCCCAAAAGGAACUAG